AUGUCUGGCCGCGGGAAGCAGGGCGGGAAGGCGCGGGCCAAGGCCAAGUCGCGCUCGUCGCGGGCCGGGCUGCAGUUCCCCGUGGGCCGCGUGCACCGGCUGCUGCGCAAGGGCAACUACGCGGAGCGGGUGGGCGCCGGCGCCCCGGUGUACCUGGCGGCCGUGCUGGAGUACCUGACGGCCGAGAUCCUGGAGCUGGCGGGCAACGCGGCCCGCGACAACAAGAAGACGCGCAUCAUCCCCCGCCACCUGCAGCUGGCCAUCCGCAACGACGAGGAGCUCAACAAGCUGCUGGGCAAGGUGACCAUCGCGCAGGGCGGGGUGCUGCCCAACAUCCAGGCCGUGCUGCUGCCCAAGAAGACCGACAGCCACAAGGCUAAAGCCAAGUGAACGCCGAAGAACAGCGCCCGGGAAGUUUUUCCCAGAGAAACACAAAGGCUCUUUUCAGAGCCACCAACAAAUUCAGAAAAAGAGCUUGAAUUUCAUUAAAUAAAAGGGGUA